GGGUUUAGGGCUUCUACCAGGCGCGAAAAAGCAAGCACAGCAACGCCAAACACCACCAACACCGAAAGAGCCAAGACGACAACCUCUCUCUCUCUCUCGCUCCUCUCUUUAAAAAAAUGAUCAGCGGCGGCAAGAGCUACGUCGCGGCGGCGCCGGCGUUCUCCAACGACGCCAAGCGCCUCCUCCUCUGCGCCGGCUCCUCCGUCGCCGUCUUCAGCACUUCCACCGGCUUGCAGAUAUCGUCGUUGGAAGGCCACACCGCGGCGGUGACUUCGGUCGUGGUGGUGCCGGCCUCGAGCCCCGCCGGCAAGGUUCUCUGCUUCUGCUGGACCGCUUCGCUCGACGGGACCAUUCGGUAUUGGGACUUCUCGGUGCCGGAGUUGAUGAAGACGAUUGAAAUCAAAAUGCCUAUUCACUCUAUGGUUAUUCCUUCGAUAUUAGACCAGGCGGCCAAAGGUGAAGAGAAGAAAAGUAAUGUUUUUGCUUAUAUCUCCGUCGAGGAUACGAAUAUGGAAGAAGGUAGAGCCAAAUAUUUGCGUGGACAGAUUAGGAAGUGUAACUUGACAGAAUCUCGUUUGGAUGGUGGAAAUAUUUUGGGAAAGACUCAAUCACCGGAGUUUAUCACCAUUAGUCCCUCAGGAAAAUUUUUUGGAAUCAGAAACAAGCGCAAGCUUCAUAUCUGGAAAGUGCCCGCUAAAGAUUCUGAGCGUUUUGGAAUUAAAAAGAUUAGCUUGCAUCACACAAAGAAAUUGACAAUUCUUGCAUUCCAUCCAACUGAGAGAAUUGUAGCUGCAGGUGAUUUAACUGGAAGAAUUUUAAUCUGGAGAGAUUUUGGCAGUCAAACUUUUGCUACCAGUGAGAAAUCAGCAAGUGGAAGAUUGAUCGACAACGAGGGAAAAAAACCUGGAGUAAGGGGGGAUGAUGAAGCUGAUGUGUGCUCCACAUGGCAUUGGCACUCUACUGAAGUGAAUGUCCUCUCGUUUUCAUCUGAUGGAGCCUAUUUAUAUUCUGGUGGUAGGGAAGGUGUUCUUGUUGUUUGGCAGUUAGACACAGGAAAAAAGAAAUUCUUACCAAGGAUUGGAUCUCCGCUUCUGUAUUUCACAGAUUCUCCUGAUCCUUCAAUUUCCUCUAUAUCUUGUGCAGAUAAUCGAGUUCACAUACUGAAAAUGCCUUCAAUGGAAAUCUUGAAGUCUAUUUCCGGUAUCAAGCUUCCAUUUUCAUUUCCCGAGAUAAAUGAAGGACCAUGCAGCAAGUUUGCAUUUGAUCAAUCUGCUGGUUUAGUUGCAUUGAGAACAGAGAACUAUUGCAUUCAAUUUUUCAACUUGUUUGAUGACCGUGAAAUGUCAGAGGUUCAAGUCUGUGAGAGAAACCACCAACCUGGUGAUGAAGUCACAGUGGUAGUGACCGCUGUAGCUCUCUCCCUAGAUGGCUCUGUGAUGUGCACCGCUGAAGUGAAGCUUCCUGAAGAUGGAAUUGGCGCUCUUGUUUGUCUCAAGUUUUGGGAAUCAGAGUCAUUGAACAAAAACUUUAGCUUGUCCACCGUUAUUUAUGAACCUCACAGGGAUGCUGGUAUUUCCACCGUUGUGUUCCAUCCUCGCCGUCGAAUGGCUGUUAGUUCAUCCUACGGCAGGGACUUUAAGCUAUGGAUUUCCAAUGAUGAGAUUCUGCAGAAUCGUGAAGCACUACAAAAUUCUGGUUGGAUGUGCCACUCUGUGGGUUCCUACAAAAAAAAGCCAAUGACAGCUGCUGCAUUUUCUGCCGAUGGUUCUGUUUUAGCUGUUGCAGCAGAAACUGUUAUUACAUUGUGGGACCCUGAAAACAAUGUUCUCGUGGCUGUUCUUGGAGAGAUUGAAACGCCAAUUACGUCCCUGUCUUUUGCUGGAAAGUCAGAUUGUCUCAUAUCCGUGUCUCAAGGUUCAAAACCACAACUAUCAGUCUGGAGCAUGUCCAAACUCUCUGUGUCAUGGUCAUACAAGCUUCAAGUAGAAGAUAUAGCUUGUGCAGUUGAUUUAUCAAUGUUUGCAGUUCUUGUGCUGCUCCCUAAAUCAUCUUCAGUGAUGGAAUCAAAUGGAAGGACAUUCCAAGAAAGAGAUGGGUUAAUCUUAUUAUUCAAUACGACAGACCCUGUUCCUGUGGCCACUUGGUCAGUAAGGAAGGCCAAAGGUGGGGGGCUUGGUUUUAUUCGAGGAAAUAGACCUUCUCUUGAACAAAAUGUUUCAGAUGGGGAACCAUCUGACUCGUUACUUGUCUAUAUAAAUGGUGAUCAUGAAUAUGUUGUAUUUGACCCACAUGGUGAGAAAGUACGUGUACUAAGCCUGACCAGAAGAAAAGAACUUGUUGCCCUUGAGGAUACAGAGCAUUUUGGUUAUUCAUCUAUCUAUGGGGAGCUACCAGAGUUCGAGUUGAAGAAGACAAACCAGAAUUUGUUGGCCCCAUCCGUACCAUCGGGGAGGCCGUGGGAGACCAUUUUUAGUGGGUCAUCUCAUAAUCUUCCGCCUCUCACCAAGUUGUGUUCGGCAUUCUUGGAGUCCUUGUUGGAGAGGAGGACACCAACUGUGGAAUGACUUCCCAUAUAUUACUCUCUUUGCUAUAACUGUCUUUCUACCUAUGAGAAUCAAGCUUCGACAUGUUCAGGAAGGUUAUGACGGAGAUUAGAUGUAUUCGAACACAUUGUUGGUAAUGGAACAUUUUAGACAAUGCAGAAGACUUAUAAGUAUUCAAGAUUUGGAAAUGAGAUCAACAUACUCGAGGAGCCGGCUAAAUUGUUGAAUUGAACGAAGCCUAUGUGGAGGAUUUCCAAAUUUUGCAACGGUGAGCAAUAUGGAUCUUACUUUUUUUUUUGCUUUGUUACGUCAAGAAGCACAUUUAGAAGAGAGUUUCUGUGCCAAACUAAAGGCAGGUUGUUAGAUUAGAAAAUUUUGUUUGUGUGAUAGGACUCUAAAAUAUUGUAAUUUAUGCCAUUUGGUAAAGUAAUAUUUUGUAA